GUACAUGUUAAAUGAAUGAAUAAAUAAAUAGGUAUUGCCAGGAUCAUGAUUCACUUAAAGUACCCCUAAGAAAAAACCCUUAAAAGUUGGUAGAGUUUAAAAUUUUAAGUAUAUACAAUGUAUACUUUUAUUCACUAUGACAGAUGAACAAGAAGGAAUAAAAUGGUCAAGACAAAUUCAACAGUCAUUUCAAGUUUUAUUUUUCUGGGGUUUACUCACUACCCCAAAGUUGAAAUCACCAUAAUUGUGCUGUGCUCGCUGAUGUACUUGGUCACUUUGUUGGGUAAUAUUGUUCUGAUCUCCGUCACCAUCCUGGAUUCCCGCCUCCACACACCCAUGUACUUCUUCCUCAGCAACCUCUCCUUUCUGGACAUCUGGUACACUUCUUCUGCUCUUGUUCCAAUGCUGGCAAACUUUGUUUCCGGGAAGAACACCAUCUCCUUCUCAGGAUGUGCCACUCAGAUGUACGUCUCUCUUGCCAUGGGCUCCACUGAGUGCAUGCUCCUGUCCAUGAUGGCCUUUGACCGCUAUGUGGCCAUCUGCAACCCCUUGAGAUACCCCAUCGUCAUGAACAAGAGGGUCUGUGUGCAGAUUGCAGCUGGCUCCUGGGUGGCAGGCUGCCUCACCUCCCUGGUGGAAACUGUGUCUGUGCUGCAUCAGUCUCUCUGUGGAAAGAACAUCAUUGAUCAUUUCACUUGUGAAAUUCUGGCUGUCCUGAAACUGGUUUGUGUAGACACUUCCACAGUGCAGCUAAUCAUGCUGGUGAUCAGCGUACUUCUUCUUCCUGUGCCGAUGCUUCUCAUUUGUAUCUCUUAUGCGUUUAUUCUCUCCAACAUCCUAAGAAUCACCUCAGUGGAUGGUCGAAGCAGCUUUUCAACAUGUGCAGCCCACCUAACUGUGGUGGUUUUGUUCUAUGGGACAGCUCUCUCCAUGUACCUGAAGCCCUCAGCUGUAGAUUCACAAGAAAUCGAUAAAUUUAUGGCUUUAGUAUAUGCUGGGUUAACUCCCAUGUUGAAUCCUAUCAUUUAUAGUUUACGAAACAAAGAGGUAAAAGCGGCUGUGAGAAAAUUGCUAAUUAGGGACUCUCUUUGUGCUCUUUUAAUCCAUAGUAACAAAUAAUAUCGAUAAACGGUAAGGGAUAUAUAGUGGUCAAUACACACCAGAACAUUGGGAUAAU